GAAAAAAGUUCACAGGUGCACAUCAUUUACACAUUUGACAAAAAGACCACCCCAUUUUCAUGGUUGCCCACUAACAUUUUGCCUUUCCUUUCUUUCACUAGGGGAGCCUAAAAUGCUAGUGGGUAGUGCUCUCUCUCUCAUCUCUCUCUCUCUCUCUCACUAGCUAGCCCCCCACUUUUCUUCUCUCUAAAAAUGCUAGUGGGUUGCGCUUAAACUUGUUUGGUGGGGUGGUGAAACAUGUUAGCAGCUUAACCAAAUUCAAAGGGGUAACAAUUAAUUGAACAAGGAGAGUGUGAGUGAGUGAUCGAGAGAGAGAUGGAGAAAGAGGGUAACCAGGAUCAAAACCCAUCUCUCCUCUCUAACAAUUUGGAGUCUCCAAGAUCAAAACCCUUGAUUGGUAGUGACAGGCUGAAGAGAGAUGAGUGGAGUGAAGGAGCUGUGUCUACUCUUCUGGAGGCUUAUGAGGCCAAAUGGGUUCUCAGAAACAGAGCCAAGCUCAAAGGCCAUGACUGGGAAGAUGUAGCCAGACACGUCUCGUCGCGUGCCAGCUGCUCCAAGUCCCCCAAGACUCAGACGCAGUGCAAGAACAAGAUUGAGUCCAUGAAGAAACGCUACCGUUCCGAGUCGGCCACGGCUGAUGGCUCAUCUUGGCCUCUCUAUCCAAGACUUGAUCUUUUGUUGCGUGGCAGCGGACCACCUCCACCCACAGCAGCAGGAGCAGCAACUGUUGUAGCAGCUGUAGCUACUUCACCGGCACCGCCGCAGCAACCACCGCUAUCGGCUCCUCUGGCUCAUCAUAGCAACCACGCUCUGAUGCUAUUGGAGCCAUCAGUGCCGGUGUCAUCGCCGCCUCAACCACCACCUCCACAGCCACCUCCGCAACAUUUAGGAACUGCCCAAAAUUCAUACGGGUCCGAUGGUGUUGAUAGGGAUGCCAAGGAAGAUGGAGUGGGGAUGAAAUUAUCAGACCAUGCAUCAGACAAGAACCCAUUGGAGAUAGACAGUAGCACACCAGCCCUUUAUAGUGAUAAGGAAAAGUUAAGGUCCAAGAGAAUGAAGAGGAAAAUCGAGAAGAAGACGCGAAGAAGAAGGGAGGAAUUAGAGAUAGCCGAGAGCAUAAGAUGGUUAGCCGAGGUUGUGGUAAGAUCCGAGCAAUCACGAAUGGACACAAUGAGAGACAUAGAGAGGAUGAGAGUUGAAGCGGAGGCCAAGAGAGGAGAGAUGGAUCUGAAGCGCACAGAAAUUAUUGCCAAUACCCAGUUGGAGAUUGCAAGGAUCUUUGCUGCUGGUGUUGGCAAAGGUGUUGAUUCUUCACUAAGAAUUGGAAGAAGUUGAGGAACAAAUGACUACGCUUCUGAGUACGAUACAUCUCUCUCUCUAUAUAUGUAUAGAAUUUAAAUGUAGUAUAUAUGUAACACUGAGAAGAAGAAAGGAGAACUUUUGGAAGCCAAGGUGAGGAAGAGUGGACUAAUUAACAUGUAAGAUGUAUGCCAACUUAGUAGUUAUUGUAGGUAUAAUAACAUGUCUACCUCAUUCUAAUGUACAUGUUCUCUCUGAGCAGGCAAUCAGUGUUUAGACCUACCUAGAAAAUUAAUUAUUGAUACCUACUAUAUCAUCUAUGGUGUAAAAAAACACGAUGAAAUUUGAAGUGAAGUUUUGUGUGGAA